UCAGCCAAGAAUUGGUGGCAACCUGGGUCUAGGGCUAGAAAGCCCAGCUGGAUUGGAGGUGCGGGAUGGAGGGGCUGCUCCUGGGGGCCCCCUCUGCUAGACUGAGGAAGAAAGAGGACCUGAGAGCCAGAAAGCAGGAGGUUUGGCCUCAGUGAGAGACUGACCAGUUGCUGUGUCCCAAGCUCUACAGGCAAAGACCAGGAGGACCUGCUACCUGGUUGUUCAGGGAAGAAGGCUGUUGAUCCCAGUCUACUUGACCACUUGUUUGCUGCCUUCUGGCCCUGCCCACUUACGCUGCAGCUCCGCCCCUGCUCCCCCCCAACCACUAGGGCAAGCAGAGGGGAGGGAUGGUGGAAGGAAAGGUUGUAGGGUGGUAGGUGAAGAGUGUUGGUAAUGCAUCCUCUAAGCAGAUACCGCCUCUGCCAAUGCUUGGGGAUCUAGACAGCGCCUCUCACCAGGAACAGAGCACCAAGGAAAUUCUUCCAAACAAUAGAUGCCUGAAAAGUCUUAAAAGUUCAGACCAAUGCCUAAGGUUUCCUUCCAGAUGUCACAGCUUGGAGUGUUAAAGACAACGUAUAUAUUUUUUUCAUUGCCAGUGAUGGCAGAAACAAAACUAUUUGGCUUCAGAGAAUUUUGAGAUAAGUCUAGAGAAAAAGAUGGAUGGGUUCUCUGGGGACCCUUGCCAGAAUACAAACCAAAUAGCCAGGGCCUCAGCAGAUAUUCUCUCCCAAAGGGUUGGUUCUACUGAUGCUGCCUGCUGUUCUUAUCCCCAGGAUGGCAUCAAGCAAGGUGCGCUGCACCCGAAAGCUCCGAAGCUGGGUGGUGGAGCAAUUGGAGAGCGGAAAGUUCCCAGGGGUGUGCUGGGAAGAUGAAGCUAAGACCAUGUUCCGGAUUCCCUGGAAGCAUGCCGGCAAGCAGGACUUCCGAGAGGACCAGGAUGCUGCCUUCUUCAAGGCCUGGGCGAUAUUUAAGGGAAAGUACAAGGAGGGGGACAUGGAAGGCCCCGCUAUCUGGAAGACUCGUCUGCGCUGUGCUCUCAACAAGAGUACUGAGUUUGAGGAGGUUCCUGAGAAUGGCCAUAGGGAUGGGGCUGAGCCCUAUAAGGUGUAUCGGCUACUGCCACCAGGAACCCUCCCUGCCCCAGCAGGGACACAGAAAUCACCAUCAAAGAGACAUCACAGCUCUGUGUCCCCUGAGAAGGAGCCGGAUGAGGGUACCACUAAGAACUGUAUACUUAGCCCCUCCUUGCUCCAGGACCCCCUCAAAAACGAAGAGGUGGGGGCCAAUGGGGGAGCAGGCCAUUCAGACUUUGGGAGCAGCAGCAGCAGCAGCAGCAGCAGCAGCAGCAGCAGCAGCAGCAGCAACAGCCCUGAGCCUCAGGAAGGUGCAGACACAACUGAGGCCUCUUUCCAAGGAAAUCAGGCACCCCUGGAGCUUCUGCCCCCUCCAGACUCAGACUACUCGCUGCUGCUCACUUUCAUCUACAGUGGACAGGUGGUGGGUGAGGCCCAGGUGAAGAGCCUGGACUUCCGCCUUGUGGCUGAGCCCUCAGGCUUCCAGUGUGGCAUGGAGCAAGUGGUAUUUCCCAAACCUGGCCCAAAAGAGCCCACCCAGCGCCUGCUGAGCCAGCUUGAGAGAGGUGUCCUGGUGGCCAGCAACUCCCAAGGCCUCUUUGUGGAGCGCCUUUGCCCCAUCCCUGUGUCCUGGAGCACGCCCCAGACCCCACCUGGUCCAGGCCUGCAUCUGCUGCCCAGCAACGAGUGUGUGGCACUCUUCAGAACCAGCUACUUCUGCAGAGACCUGGCCAAGUACUUCCAGGGCCUGGGCCCCCCACCCAACUUUCAGGUGACACUGAAUUUCUGGGAGGAGAACCCUGACCCCAGCCACACCCUACAGAGUCUUGUCACAGUGCAGAUGGAGCAGGCCUUUGCCCGACAUUUACUGGCGGAGACUCAAGAGGACCAGGCAGCCAUUCUGUCCCUGGUGCAAAGCUUAGGGGACCCACCUUCCUCCUCUCCACUCUGUUCCCCUCUAUUUUCUUUGAAAGAGACUUGUUCUCCACACUAUUGACCUGCCUCCCUCGGUGACAAUUCUUCACGGUUGCCUGUGAUGGUUAUGUCCUUGAAUUUCUCACGAUGUCUGACGGGUAAAGAGCUCAAGCAUGACUUUUAUUUUUUUUAUUUUUAUUUUUAUUUUUUUUGAGAUACACCCUCUUUUAUUUCUGAGGAGCUGAGCUGGGAAAGUCCAAAUGAUAUGAACUUAGGGGGACCUUUCCUUCAUCCCCCAACCCUAUAGCCAAGCACUUUAUAUUUUCUUCUUGAUCUUCACUGAGGUUUUAAAAUAAAAUUUUACUGAAAAAUGAA